GUCACGAUGAAGCAGUGACAAACAUCGACUGAGGAUUGCGACAAUUCUUGCUCUUGCUCUAGCCAUUCAUCCAAUGCGGAAACCUCCCAAGGUCGAAAGACUCCAGAGGAAGGACACUCUUGCGCUAUCAGUAGCCUCCGAAUCUUUAUCUUCCCGAUAUUUUCACGAUGGAGAUGCCGAUUCAGUUUCCAUUCUUUGCUUCAGAUCGCAACCUAAUGUCAAUCUGCUCAGCGACUGCCGGGCAGGCUUGGGAAUCUAAAAUUGUCGGACCGUGGCCGCGCUGUACUCCUUACCUGAUCAAUUUGAGAUAUGUAAACAGCAGAGGCACAUACCAAUCCUGUGGUGAAGUUGCGAUUUCAUCUUCGUUCGGGCGCGACGUAUCCCAAAUUGACAAUGUGGAGAAUCAUCAUCAUGAUGAAGCGUGCAUGGUGUAUUAAGAUCAAAACCCUUCUAUCCUCGAUCUGCGCUGUGCAUAAGAGAUGCAACCCGCGGAUACCGUGCGCGUGCGGUGUUCUUCAUUCCUUUUUUCCUCGCCCGGGCCUCUUUUCCAUCGUUUCCAUUCGUUCCUCCUCGCGCUGCGAGUCGUUCUCUAUCCAACAUUUCUCAAUCCUCCGCCAUUUCUCUUGGACUUGUAAUUAUGGGCGGAGUUGAGCUCCUUUUUGGCCCCAUGCUACUUGGCGUGGUGCUCAAUCUCAUUCUAUACGGGAUGUCAGAAUACCGUCGCCGGUUUCCCAAGUGCGCAACUUUCGCUCGUCUCAGAGUCUCCGUCCUGAUCCCCCUCAGUGACCUCAAAUGGAUCCGACUGCUCAUGCACUAUCUGAUGCUCGUAGAGACGGCCAAUGUCGUUGUCGAGCUCGGCAUUAUCUUCGAGCCGUUGAUUGUCAACUACGGAAAACCCGAAGCCUUGAUCUUCGCUCCAAAACUCAUGGCAGGAGAUCCGAUCUUCAUUUCGAUUGUGGCAAUGCCCAUCCAAGUCUUCACCGCUUGGAGACUCAAAGUCAUCACUCGGUCCUACAUAAUGCCAGCCGUGAUCUGUGUCCUCUCGCUGACAUCCUUCGGAUUCGGAGCGCUCAUGUCCAUUAACGUUGGAACAACACGCCGGUUCAGCGACUUUGGGAAAUUCACGGUGAUAUCCGCGGUCUGGCUAACUUGCAGCGCUGUGUGCGACCUUGUGAUCGCUAUCUCAAUGAGCUAUGCCUUGCUCAAGCGAAAAUCUCCUUUUGCUGGGAAUGUAAACGGAUAUAUCGAUCGGAUAGUGAAAUUUGUUGUUGGGACAGGGUCUAUGACGGCUGCAGUGGCUCUCACAGACAUCCUCCUCUUUCUCCUCGUGCCGCGCACUUCACUUAACUUCCUCGUGGACUUCCCGCUCUCGAAUCUGUACACUAUAUCUAUGAUCACGAUGCUGCUUUCUCGCGACCCGGCGAAACUGGCACAAGCGACCAGUACGACACAGGUGCCCCAACUGGAUGGGCUCAACGAGAAAGCGGCGAGCAAACGGGCGACUUUCUCCUUUGCUGCCUUGCAAGAAAGGCCUGCCUUCGAUCCAGUGGCCUCUUUCUCGACUACGGAACCGGCUGACAUCGAGAUGCAACUUCCCCGGUCCUUGCAGAGUCCGGCGGUGGACACCCCAGUGUCAUCCAGACCCGUGACGCCCGUGCGAUCGUUCCCUGUCCGCCCCAUCUCCCGUGCCAGAACGCUGAGCCGCGGUGGCGAGUCCGAAGACGAGAGCGGCAGUGUUUCGAGCAGAACGAACAGGAUACCGCGCAAACCUGUGCCGAUGCCCAAGCGAUACGAAAAUCAUCGGCACAGUCGGUCUAUGGAAUCCGCCAGAUCCAUGGAGCGAUUGCGGGCGUAUCGUUCCACAGAAACCCUGGUGUCAUCGGCUUCAAUGAACACUCUCGUAUCCGAUGCCCGACCCGAAACGUCCAGUCCACACAUCAGACCCAGCGUCGAGCUGCCCGCAGAACUCGGCCGGCGUCAGAAACGGGCAGUCGAGUAUGAUACAAACGCGAGAUACGCAGCCCGCAUAUAGCUACUCUAGCAUAUACCAUUACGAGUGCGCUCUCGCCUAUCGCGAAUGUCGCUAUCCGUCUUGCCCAAAAUUCUCGGCCCCGGAGCAGAGCGUUCUCGACACAACGGGUGGCUGGAGGAGAGCUUGCCGCGAGUGGUGACAAGCAGGACAAGGAUUUAACGGGUAU